AAAAUUAUUAUUCCUGUAGGAUUACGCGAUAAUUUUUAUUAUUAAAUUACACAAAAAACUUUUACAGAAUGUCUUAUGCAGUAAUAGAAUUUAAUGAUGGGGGUGGUGUUGCAGUUAUCAGAAAUACUUGGUUAACGCCUCGAAAAAAAGAAGUUUUUUGGCCACCUACGAAAGAUCAAAAAACAUUUAAUAAAAUUUUGGCAAAUACAGUAUAUGCAGAUACUGAAAAAUGGAAACUGUAUUCAGUACAAAGAUGUUUAUUUGAAACUGAUGAUUUACAAAAAGCUCAACAAAAAUGCAAAUUGUCAGAAGACACAUCUGAUUUACAAACAGAUAAUCAAGAAGUCGAAUCAUUUCCUGUUAAACGGAAAAUUAAUGCGCCUCGUCGAUUUAUAUCAGGCGAAGAGGAAGAAGUGUUGUCCUCCACAAUCGACCUCCACAAUUAAAAAAGAAGUUUUUGAAAGUCAUUGAAAAAACUAAUGAAGAGACUUCAACUCUUAGACAAAAUUUGCCCAAUGCAGAUUAUUCUGAAGCUAUAACUGCAGAUCAUAGAGACAAACACAUAUAUAAAGAUUAUACAUAUAAAGCUAGCACGCAUAAAGAUACAUGCAUGACAGAUAGUUCAGAUGGUUCUAUAGCAGAUUUGACCGAUACUAAUAAUAUAGUCACAGAUCAAAAUCAAUGUAUUCUAAAAACACAUAACGCAUCGAGAUUUCCUGCAGAUAGGCACAGAAGAUUUUUCAAGGAUAGUACGCCAUCCAUCACAUCUAAUGAUAGCUCAAUAGAUUCAAAAGCUUUUCAAGAGAAGAUUAUUUCUCUUCUAUCUCAUAUUAAAACGCAGAAUACACAGCUAUUAGCUCUUUUACAGAAUAAAGAGGAAAUAUUACCCCUCCAAGAUUUUGGUUUUCAAUUUCCUAUGAAAAGUUUACAUGAUGUUGAUUAUGUAGAACAAAUACUUAAAGAAAAGACACAAAUAGAUAUUCUGAAUGCUUCUCUAUCUACAAUUGGUGGACGAGAUGUCUCUUCAAAGGUCGCAAGAAUUCUAAAAUAUCUUUUUAUAGAUGCAUUGGCAGCAAAAUUUAGCUUUUAUGGAAAACGUUUAAAUAAACGACCCUUUUCAGAUUUAUGUUUGAAAUCUGUAAUUAUAGAUUCCAUCAAACGUAAUACACCUGGCGUGAACAACAAGGAAAUAGAAGAUAGUAUUAAAAUAUGGCUAAAGCACGCUCCUGACAGAGAAAAGAAUCGAGAAAAAAGGAGGAAACAGGAUGAAUAAUAGGAUGAAAUUAUUUAUUUUUUAUUUUAUUUUUUAUUUUAAUAAGAGUUAUUAAAAAUGGCAGAAAAAAUUACAUACAGAAAAAAAAGAAUUGUAAGUACCCGCCAGCUAUACCGACGAGUAGCAGUAGAUAUAAAAGAUACUUGGAAUGAAAUGCAGCAAAAACAAAUUAAAAAUCAACAAACUAAUAAAAAAAAAUGUAAAUAUGUCAUUGAUGAUAGUGAUAAAGAUAAUAUUGGUAAUAUUAAUAAUGAAAAUGCAAUCUCAGAUAUUUUCACUAAUAAUUUCAGUUUUAUAAAUGAACCAAUUAUUAUUAAUGACAUCUGUAGAGGUCAAGAUUUUGAUAGUGAAACCGAUAUAUUAUUAUUUAAUAAUAUAGAACGCAAGUUUUCAAUUAAAGCCACACCUUAUUUAUUUAAAAAUAGUGACGAGGAAAAUUUUUUAUUUCAAUUAAGGCGUUGGG